AUGGUCAAUGCAGGAGACAUGAAUGGUUCUGGCAACCUGAUGGAUUUUCUGGAUGAGCCUUUCCCCGACGUUGGAACUUAUGAAGAUUUCCACACCAUCGACUGGCUGCGGGAGAAAUCACGUGACACUGACCGCCAUAGAAAGAUUACAAGCAAGAGUAAGGAAUCCAUAUGGGAGUUCAUCAAGAGUUUGCUGGAUGCCUGGUCAGGAUGGGUUGUAAUGCUUCUCAUAGGACUACUGGCAGGCACGUUAGCUGGAGUGAUAGAUUUAGCUGUGGAUUGGAUGACAGACCUGAAAGAGGGUGUCUGCCUGUCUGCCUUCUGGUACAGUCACGAGCAGUGCUGCUGGACGUCUAAUGAGACUACAUUCGAUGACAGGGACAAAUGUCCCCAGUGGCAGAAAUGGUCUGAACUUCUUGUAAGCCAGACUGAGGGUGCAAGUGCUUACAUUCUAAACUAUUUUCUAUACAUUAUGUGGGCUCUGUGUUUUGCUUUCCUGGCAGUCUCCCUGGUCAGAGUGUUUGCUCCCUAUGCCUGUGGCUCUGGAAUCCCAGAGAUAAAAACCAUCUUGAGUGGGUUCAUUAUUAGGGGCUACCUGGGAAAGUGGACACUUUUAAUCAAAACAGUCACCUUGGUUCUGGUGGUAUCUUCAGGCCUCAGCCUUGGGAAAGAGGGGCCCUUAGUCCACGUGGCCUGUUGCUGUGGAAACUUCUUCAGCAGCCUUUUCUCAAAGUACAGCAAGAAUGAAGGAAAGAGAAGAGAGGUGCUUUCGGCUGCAGCCGCCGCAGGAGUUUCUGUUGCCUUUGGGGCUCCGAUUGGAGGCGUGCUUUUUAGUCUGGAAGAGGUCAGCUACUACUUUCCUCUGAAAACCCUCUGGAGGUCAUUUUUUGCUGCUCUCGUGGCUGCCUUCACACUGAGGUCCAUCAAUCCUUUUGGAAACAGCCGGCUGGUCCUGUUCUACGUGGAGUACCACACUCCCUGGUACAUGGCCGAGCUCUUCCCCUUCAUCCUGCUCGGCGUCUUCGGCGGCCUCUGGGGGACCCUCUUUAUCCGAUGCAACAUCGCCUGGUGCAGGAGGCGAAAAACCACCAGACUUGGGAAAUACCCAGUCCUGGAGGUCAUAGUGAUAACGGCUAUCACCGCCAUCAUCGCCUACCCCAACCCCUACACCCGGAGGAGCACCAGCGAGCUGAUCUCGGAGCUCUUCAACGACUGCGGUGCCCUGGAGUCCUCGCAGCUCUGCGACUAUAUCAAUGACCCAAACAUGACCCGGCCGGUGGAUGACAUUCCCGACAGACCUGCCGGCCCCGGAGUCUACACCGCCAUGUGGCAGCUCGCCUUGGCUUUGGUGUUUAAAAUUGUCAUCACGAUAUUCACUUUCGGCAUGAAGAUCCCUUCAGGCCUUUUCAUUCCCAGCAUGGCUGUUGGAGCCAUGGCUGGCAGGAUGGUUGGGAUUGGAGUAGAGCAGCUGGCGUAUCACCAUCAUGACUGGAUCAUCUUCAGGAACUGGUGCAGACCUGGGGCAGACUGCGUCACACCGGGACUUUAUGCCAUGGUGGGAGCGGCAGCUUGCUUGGGUGGUGUUACCCGAAUGACGGUCUCUCUGGUGGUGAUUAUGUUUGAGCUAACCGGAGGGCUGGAGUACAUCGUACCUCUUAUGGCUGCAGCUGUCACAAGCAAGUGGGUGGCAGAUGCCUUUGGGAAAGAAGGGAUCUAUGAAGCUCACAUUCAUCUGAACGGCUACCCAUUUCUGGAUGUGAAGGAUGAAUUCACCCACCGAACCCUGGCAACUGAUGUCAUGAGACCAAGGCGUGGUGAAGCUCCUCUCUCUGUUCUGACGCAGGACAGCAUGACGGUGGAGGAUGUCGAGACACUAAUCAAGGAGACUGACUACAAUGGCUUUCCAGUAGUGGUUUCGAAAGACUCGGAGAGACUUAUUGGAUUUGCACAGAGACGAGAGCUGAUUCUUGCAAUAAAGAAUGCAAGACAGCGUCAGGAUGGAGUGGUGAGCAACUCCAUCGUGUACUUCACCGAAGACCCCCCAGAACUGCCACCCAACAGUCCCCAUCCACUGAAGCUGCGGCGUAUUCUCAACCUGAGCCCUUUCACUGUCACUGACCACACGCCAAUGGAGACCGUGGUAGAUAUUUUCCGGAAACUUGGACUCCGACAGUGUCUUGUCACUCGCAGUGGGAGGCUGCUGGGUAUCAUUACUAAAAAGGAUGUAUUAAGACAUAUGGCUCAAAUGGCAAACCAGGACCCUGAAUCUAUCAUGUUUAACUAG